UCCUCAAACUGACGAUGGCUGAAGCCCAGCUGAGUGGAUUGCAGGAUGAGUUCACCUGCUCGGUGUGUCUGGACACCUUGACUGACCCCGUCACCAUUCCCUGCGGACAUAAUUUCUGUCUGAAGUGCCUCACAGACUGCUGGGAUCAGAGCCAAGUCUGCAGCUGUCCUCAGUGCAGAGAAAACUUCACCACGAGGCCUGAGCUGAACAGAAACACUGUGCUGAAUGAAGUCAUCAAGAAAUUUAAGAAGACGGCACUCAGUCCUCCUCCUCCUCUUCCACCUAAGAAUUAUGCCGGCCCUGGAGACGUGGAGUGUGACUUCUGUAAGAAGUUCAGAGCGGUGAAGUCCUGUCUAACCUGCAUGGCAUCCUACUGUCAGAUUCACCUGAAGCCUCACAAUGAAGGAGAUGCCUGGAAGGGACACAAGCUGGUUGAUCCUGAUAGAAAUCUGAAGGAGAAACUUUGUGAGAAACAUCAGAAAAAAUUCCCGCAGUUAGAUUAG